AUGAAGGAGCUGAACAAAGUUGGGUCAUUCUCGCUGAGUGUAGGCAUGGCAUCGGAUAUUGGCAUAGCAUUGCAGUGUAAUGCAGCCAAGCCAGAUCCGAAUCUGACUCUUGUUGAAAGGGAACGUCGCAGACGAUGCUCUGCUUUCUCAUCCCUCGCACUGUCCAAAUCACUUCCUUGGACAACCCUUGCUCAACUUGAACAUGGUACAUUUCUUGAAAAUAUCGCAACCAGAUCGAAUGGUGAUAUUCUCACGACAGAAUUGUGGCCAUCAGCUGCCAUUUACACCAUUCGAAACCCCCACACCGGCCACAAUUCACUCCAGAAACUCUUUUCUGUCCCUUCUAUUCAAAGUAUUUAUGGCCUUACCCAGGUUAAGUCUAGCCGUCGGGGUACUGAAACAUUCAUUUUCGUUGGUGGAAACUCUACUUCGCCCGGAAACACUAUUACUGGUUCCUUUGGUGCAUGGGCUGUCGAUUUUGAUUUACUCAAUAAUGUCUUUCAGCUCAGAAAAGUCAGCGAUAUGGGCACUGAUAGUAGAUUUUUGAACGGCGUGACAGCUCUACUAGGGAUAUCUGAUAUAGUUCCUGUGGCCGACUCCACCAAUGGUUUAGUCGGUCGCCUUAACAUCACAACUGGGAUCUUCGAUACCUCGGCAUUCCGCUACCCUUUAGAGAUGGAUCCCGUUGAAGGUGCUAGACUACCUAUUGGUGUCAAUGGCAUCAAGAUUCGGGGCGGGCAUCUCUAUUGGACGAAUUCAUUCCAAGCCUCCAUCUACCGAAUUGCGAUCACUCCUAAUGGAUACCCAGCAAAGGGUAACAGGCCUGAGAUUGUGGCCGACUUGUCCAACGGUGUAGGCUUCCUAGAUGAUUUCAGCUUCGACGUUCGUGGAAACAUAUAUGCUGCCACUAACCUUGACAACUCUAUCGUCCGUAUCGACAUCACAACCAAGGCAUGGAAGACAAUUAUCGGAGGAAUUGGCGAGAUGACAGUACCCGGCUGUACGUCGGUUGUAUUUGGGCAUAGGUCAUUAGAAAAUGAAAUACUCUACGUAAGCACGUCCGGAGCUAUCGCUACUCCAGUAAAUGGGACUGAGACUGAGGGUGCUAAAGUUGUUGCAAUUAAACUUGGAGGCUGGAUCUAA